AUGACUACACGCUUAUAUCAAAUUGCCGAAUUGAAAGGACACACGGAUCGAGUUUGGUCCGUUGCUUGGUCUCCUAAUGGAAAAGUUCUCGCCUCUUGUGGUAGUGAUAAGACAGUUCGCUUAUGGGUUCCUACCUCAGAUACUGAGUGGAUAUGUACCAAAGUAUUAGAAGGAACUCAUAAAAGGACAAUACGAAAUAUUUCUUGGAGUCCUGACGGACGUCAACUUGCUACAGCUAGUUUUGAUUCUAUGAUUGGUAUUUGGGAACAAGAAGAAGGAGGGGAAUAUGAAUGCGUUGCUACUUUAGAAGGUCACGAAAAUGAGGCUAAAUCUGUUUCAUGGGCAGGAUCCGGGACAUUAAUUGCUACAUGUGGUCGUGACAAGAGUGUAUGGAUAUGGGAAGUGGGAACAGAUAAUGACUUUGAAUGUUUGAGUGUACUUCAAGAGCACACUCAAGAUGUUAAGAUGGUUAUAUGGCAUCCGACUAAAGAAAUAUUAGCAUCAGCUAGUUAUGAUGAUACAAUUAAAAUUUGGAAAGAAGACGAUGAUGAUUGGUACUGUUCUAAUACAUUAGAAGGUCAUGAAAGCACAAUAUGGGCAAUUGACUUUGAUAAAACUGGAGAAUAUUUAG